AUGGCGUCGUACCAAUACCGUAACUCGACCUACCUGCACGAAAGAAGCGAUAGCAACGCCUCAAGGCGGCCCGAGUCGCAGCGCCGGGACGCGCGCGGCACCCGAUCCAGCGACGGCACUGUCAGUACGAUGAUGAGCACUACUAGCUCGACAGGCCGCGAAUCAGCAGGAACCGCUAUGACCGAAGGGCCAGCUUAUUCCAAGAAAAUUGUUGUGGUGGGCGAUGGCGGCUGUGGCAAGACUUGCCUGCUCAUCAGCUACAGCCAGGGGUAUUUUCCAGAGAAAUACGUCCCAACCGUCUUCGAAAAUUACAUCACCUACCCAACACACCCCCCGACCGGUAAGACCGUGGAGCUGGCGCUCUGGGAUACUGCCGGCCAAGAGGAGUACGACCGCCUGCGUCCGCUCUCGUACCCCGAAACCGACCUGAUCUUUGUCUGCUUCGCCAUCGACUGCCCGAACUCGCUGGAAAAUGUCAUGGAUAAGUGGUACCCCGAAGUUCUGCACUUCUGCCCCUACACCCCGCUUAUCCUCGUCGGCCUCAAGUCCGACUUACGCCACAAGAAGACAUGUAUCGAGAUGCUCAAGACGCAGGGCCUCACUCCCGUCACAACCGACCAGGGCCUCGCCGUCGCUAAGAAGAUGGGCGCCCAGUACAUGGAGUGCAGCAGCAAGGAGAUGAAGGGUGUUGAGGAGAUCUUUGAACGCGCCAUCCUGACCGUCGUGGCCAAUGACCGGAAGGUGCUGGAGGCGGAGGCAGCUGCUUCAGCUACGUCGCCCGGUCAUGGAGGAGGAUUAGGGAGUGGUAGCGGUGGUGGGCUUGGCAUUGGGCGUCGGGGCAGUUCUCAUCUGAGCAGUUUCCAUGGGGGUGGAAGCGGGAGUAAGAGUGGGAUAACGUUUGGGAGUGAUGGCGUGCAAAUUCCGGUUGUUAAGAAAAAGAAGAGAAAGUGUGCGCUGGUCUAA